UACAAAUCAAACAUAACCAAUAUUCCAAUCACCCUACAUGAUGGCUAUAAACAACAAUAAGAACUUCAGCAAUAGUAAAUAAAAUGCCCAAAACAUAAUGGGUGAAUGCAUCAGAUCAAAGGAAAAUCUAAGAAAAUAAUCAUCCUUGGAUUAACAUUCAUCGAGCUUACCCAAGAAGAUACUGAUUCAUAAAUAGCAAUUCAAUGAUCUCCAAGAAAGUCUAAAGAACAGAAAAUCAAAAGAAACUCACCAAACUCAAAACCGUUUGCCAUCUCCAAUUAAUUUGAAAAUACUUAUUCCUCCCAAAUCUAAGUCCAUACAGGAAAAGAAAUAGGAAACCUAAAAUUAGAUUGAUCUCAAAGUCUUGAUUCCUGAGAAUUCAAACAGCUUCAUCGAUUGGAAGGGAGUGAUUUCAAAUUUGAAUGGUCCCAAUUACCCCUUGAAAAAAUGGUUAAGAGACAUUAUCAUAAAAAAUAACAUCGUACAGGAUUACGACUUUGCUAUUUUGAUACGAAUCCUGAUGCAAUUGUAUAAGUUUAAGCAACCAACUUUAGUUAACAUAUUCUCUGAAAUCAUUGAGGAAUUGGAAAAAUGAACUCGAAACACUAUUUGUCACAUCAAGGUUAC